AUGGACGACCUUUACGAUGAGUUUGGCAAUUUCAUCGGUGAAGCAGUCUCAGACGAGGAGGGCACACAAGAUGGCGGCGCCGGCCAGAAUUACGUAUACGAUGAGGACUCGGACGCCGAGCAACAGCCCCAUGAAGAUGGCGCGAUGGAAGUAGACGACGAGGUACCCUCGAAUGCUGUCAUAUUACACGAAGACAAGCAGUACUACCCCACCGCGCAACAAGUGUAUGGCGAAGAUGUUGAGACUAUGGUCCAGGAGGAGGAUGCACAACCGCUGACCCAGCCGAUCAUUGCGCCUGUCACGCAGAAGAAAUUUCAAGUCCAGGAAGCAGACUUGCCGCCUGUAUACUACUCGCGCGAGUUUAUGACAGAUCUUCUCAAUUUCCCGGAAGGUAUCAGGAACAUCGCAGUGGCUGGACAUCUACACCACGGGAAAACAGCCUUCGUGGAUAUGUUGGUGAUGCAAACACAUUCUCUACAGGAACGGCUCGAUAAGAGAAUAGGCAAGAGAAGGGACGAGCAAUUGAGAUAUACCGACACACAUUUCCUCGAACGAGAGCGCGGAGUUUCUAUCAAGGCUGCACCCAUCAGUCUUGUUAUGCAAGGAACGAGAGGGAAGUCACAUAUUCUCAAUGUCAUCGACACUCCGGGUCAUGUGAAUUUUGUGGACGAAGUUUCAUCGAGCUUGAGACUGGUUGACGGUGUCGUUCUGGUCGUCGAUGUGGUUGAAGGCGUCCAGGUCAACACUGAGCAGGUGAUCAAGCAUGCGGUUUUGGAAGAUCUGCCCAUCGUGCUCGUCAUCAACAAGAUGGAUCGACUGAUCCUUGAGUUGAAGAUUCCACCGACGGACGCUUAUUUCAAACUGAAGCACGUGGUCGAAGAAGUUAACACCAUCAUCGAGAACACAAUACCCGGAAGAGGCGACAAGAGGAGGUUGUCGCCCGAGAAGGGCAAUGUCGCAUUCGCCUGCACCUCAAUGGAAUGGGUCUUUACUCUGCCGUCAUUUGCAAGGAUGUACGCGGAGACUUAUUCCAAGGUCGACGCUACCGAAUUCUCGAAGAGGCUAUGGGGCGAUAUCUUCUUCAACCCCCAAAGUCGGAAAUUUUCGAGGAAGGGGAUGGAAGAAGGUUCGAAACGCGCUUUUGUCAACUUCGUGCUUGAACCUAUUUACAAGCUGUAUUCACAUACCAUCAGUGAGAGUCCCGAAGACCUUGCUGCGACGCUCAACAAUCUGGGCAUCACUCUCAAACCGACUCAGCUCAAGACGGACGCAAAGAUUUUGCUCAAAUUGGUAUGUGCACAGUUCUUUGGACCUGCAAGUGGAUUUGUCGACAUGGUCGUGCAACAUGUGCCAUCACCUGUCGAAGGCGCCAAGCGAAUGCUCGACAACUAUUACACCGGUCGACAGGACUCAUCAAUAGGCGAAUCCAUGAUAAAAUGUGAUUCUGACGGCCCACUGGUCGUGGAAGUUACGAAGCUUUUCAGCUCGCCGGAUGCAAAGUCAUUCAACGCUUUUGGUCGAAUCAUGUCUGGUACAGCCUCACCUGAUCAGGUAGUACGUGUUCUGGGUGAGUCUUACAGUCUUGAAGAUGAGGAAGAUUCGACGACCGCGACAGUUACGGCGACAUAUCUGGGAUGCUCUCGAUAUAACAUACCAGUGUCGGGAGUCCCGGCAGGUAACCUUGUUCUUCUUGCGGGCAUCGACAACUCGAUCGUCAAAACUGCUACUGUCAUUGCGGAGAAAUUCCCCAACAACGAAGAUGCCUACAUCUUCAGGCCUGUCCGGCACUUUACUGAGUCUGUCUUCAAAGUCGCUGUAGAACCAGUCAACCCGUCUGAGCUGCCAAAAAUGCUGGAAGGUCUGCGCAAGAUCAAUAAGACCUAUCCCCUCAUUACUACCAAGGUGGAGGAGUCAGGCGAACACGUUGUCCUCGGUACGGGCGAGCUGUACAUGGACUGCGUGCUGCAUGAUCUGCGGACAUUGUAUGCAGAAAUGGACAUCAAGGUCUCCGAUCCAGUGACCAGAUUCUGCGAGACUGUUACCGAGACCAGUGCAAUCAUGUGCUAUGCUUUGACGCCGAACAAGAAGAACAAGUUGACCAUGAUCGCAGAACCUCUGGAUGACGGUAUCGCAGAAGAUAUCGAGGCAGGUGUGGUCAAGAUCCGUGAUCCCAUUCGCCAAGUCGCCAAGUUCUUCGAGGAGAAGUACGAAUGGGACAAAUUGGCGGCAAGAUCCAUCUGGGCUUUUGGUCCUGAUGAGAUGGGGCCAAACAUUCUUUGUGACGAUACUUUGCCCUCAAACACUGACAAGAAGCUGCUCAAGUCAGUGCAAGAGAGCAUCAAGCAGGGUUUCUCAUGGGGCACGCGUGAAGGCCCACUUUGUGAGGAACCAAUCCGCAAUACCAAGUUCCGGGUUACCGGCGCCGACCUAGCAGCCGAACCCAUCUAUCGCGGCGGUGGACAGAUCAUUCCCACCGCUCGCCGAGCGGUCUACAGCUCUUUCUUGAUGGCGGGCCCACGACUCAUGGAGCCCAUCUACAGCGUGCACAUGACCGGGCCUGCGGACUCGAUUUCAGGGCUGUACACCGUCCUGAUGAAAAGACGUGGACAUGUCAUUUCUGAUGGACCUGUUGCGGGGACACCGCUAUAUGCGGCCAAGGCUCUCUUGCCGGUCAUUGACAGUUUCGGCUUCGAAACCGAUCUGAGGAUUCAUAGUCAAGGUGCGGCUAGCGUUUCGCUCGUAUUCGACAGAUGGGAUGUCGUUCCUGGAGAUCCUUUGGACAAGAGUAUCAAGAUCCGGCCACUGGAGAUGGCUGGGCCUCAGCAGGCGGCUAGGGAUUUCGUGCUCAAGACGAGGAGAAGGAAGGGGUUGAGUGAAGAUGUUGAUGUCAAGAGGUUCUUGGAGCCGGAGCUCCUGGCUGGAUUGAGGGAGAGUGGUGUUUUGGAUUGA